AUGGGAUGUAGUAACCCUCAUCCUCAUGGGCAAGUUUGGUCUCUGAGCGAGGUCCCAGCCUAUCCAGCCUCCGAACUGUUUCAUUUGGGCGAAUACGGCCUCAAUAAUCCCCCAUCUCUUGAAC